AUGGAGGUUGAGUCAGUUCCUCAACAGAAGUCUGGGUUUUUUGCCAGGCUUAAGGCCUUGCCUUGUAAGGCCAAGGACAAGAUUGUCAUGGUUGGAAAGAAUAUAAAAAAGCUUGGAAAUGAUGACCCGAGAAGAGUUAUUCACUCACUGAAAGUGGGAUUAGCUCUCACAUUAGUGUCCUUGUUUUACUAUUUGAAACCUCUUUAUGAUGGUUUUGGUAUGUCAGGAAUAUGGGCUGUGCUAACUGUGGUUGUUGUCUUUGAGUUCAGUGUAGGUGCGACCCUUGGAAAAGGUAUAAAUAGAGCUUGUGCAACGUUAUCAGCUGGUGCUCUAGGUGUUGGAGCUCUACACUUAUCAAGUCUUUUUCCAAAGGAAGAACAGCCCAUUAUUCUUGGGUCCCUUGUCUUUGUACUAGCUGCAGCAACCACAUUCACACGAUUCUUUCCCAAGAUCAAGGCAAGAUAUGAUUAUGGGCUCAUCAUAUUCAUCUUGACAUUCAGUAUGAUCUCCAUCUCUGGAUAUCGAGUUGACAAGCUACUUGAGAUGGCACAUCAAAGACUCUCCACAAUCUUAAUCGGUGGAGCAACCUGCAUAAUCGUAUCCAUAUGUGUUUGUCCAGUUUGGGCUGGUCAAGAUCUUCAUAACUUGGUUGCCUCUAACAUUGACAAGCUAGCAAACUAUCUAGAAGGAUUUGGAGAUACAUAUUUUCAAGUUGCUAUAGAAGACAAAGAUUGUGUCACCGACUCCAAAAACGACAAGUCGUUUCUCCAAGGAUAUAAAAGUGUCCUCAAUUCAAAAGCCAAUGAAGAUUCUCUGGCAAAUUUUGCAAGGUGGGAACCAGGACAUGGUCGUUUUCUCUUUCGUCAUCCAUGGAAACAAUAUUUGAAGAUUGCUGCUCUUGCUCGCCAAUGCGCUUACCUGAUUGAAGCCCUGAAUAGCCAAUGUUCUUCUGAUAUACAAGCACCACCAGAAUUCGCAAGUCUAAUUCAAGAAUCAUGCAUUAAAAUGAGCUCCGAAACUGGAAAGGCCUUGAAAUCAUUAGCAACAUCAAUCAAAGCAAUGAAACAUCCAAACUCUGCCACUGAACAUGUGGAGAACUCGAAAACCGCAGCUAAGGACUUGAAGAGUGCACUUGAGGCUGCAGCAAUAGAAGAUUUAGACCUAUUGGCUAUCAUAUCAGCUGCAACAGUUGCCUCAACAUUGGUAGAAAUAGUAGAUUGUGCUGAGAAAAUCUCAGGCUCAGUCCAUGAACUUUCCCAAAUGGCUCAUUUCAAGAAAGUUGAGGCCACUGUAUCGCCGGAGAAGCCACAGAUGUUGCUUCACCGGGGAACUGUGAAGCCAGUAUUAUUGGACGGUGAUACUGACCAUGUUACCAUUACAGUUCAUGAUAUAGCUUCUGAUUCCCCAGAAACAGAGAAUGCUAUGACCCCAAAGCCAAGAGAGGCUGUGUAAAUAUGUGUUAUACUAACAUUAUAGACUAGUCAAAAAAAUUGUACUCAGCUCGAGUAAAAAAAA